CAGCUCUGUUUUCAGCUCGCUUUCCCUCUCAGCGGCUUUCAGCACGGCUCCAUGUUUUCCUCGGCCCUGGAAGCAGUGUAUCCGGCACUGAAGCUGGGCUGCCUGCCACACAUCGGCCACUUCAACGAUGGCCAGGACUACAAGCUGGCUCGCUUACUCUCCGCCCUGCGCUUCAAUCGGGAGCCUCAUGAGAAGAUGCCCUCUGAGGGCUUUGACCUUUUGAUGCGCAAGGAUCGGGUCAAGGACCUCGAGGUGGUCUUGGCACUCUACGACAUGCAGGAUCUGAGGGAUUGGCUUUACAAGAAGCAGUUCCCCUAUGUGGUGAACUUGCUCUUCCACUCUUGGCUCUUCGACCAACUGCCCUACCGUAAAGAGGCCUCCACAGACAUCGAGGUGGCGAUCUUCGGGACCGAGGGGGUCUUCCCCAUGGCAGAGGGCCUGGGGAAGAGCUUCCGCGCCUUUCCGCAGAGCGUUUGGGUCAAGGACAAGGUCUACAUGUGCAUGGGCCCCGACGUGGCACACUUCCGGGUCGACCGGCAAAGGCUGGUCACCUCCUUUUGGUCCCUCUGCAUCCCUGCAGGGCAGGAGCGGGCCAUCGCCACCAAGCAUGUACUGCUGAAUGAGACGCAGACGCACAUCUCGAAGCAAGUGGCCAACGCCUGCGCCGAGCUGGGGGAUGCCUCCAUUAGCAACAUCUUGCACCACUUGCAGAAGCUUCUGCUUUCGGUGCAGGGCGCCACGCACCGCUUGAGCCGCUUGAUGGGUCGCUGCGAGGGCGCCUUCGAUGGGAUUUGCCUGGACGAUCGAGGUAGUGCACCUUACAAGGGAGCCACGGAGCCGAUGCAGGUUUGGGAGGAGCAACUCAACCUCCUAGACCGAACCGUGGAAAAACAUCACACACCAGCCACGCGGCCAGCACCGCUGCUAUCUGAGAUGCUCCGGCGACGCGUCUACGAGGAUCUUGGACGAAGGAGGCGUGAGGGCAAGUUCCCCUGGGACGACGACGAGACGAUCGACUUGGGACAUCGGAUCUUCCUCACAGGCUGCUCAGAUGCCGAGCGUGCACAAGUGGUGCACCGGGUGCUGAUUGAAUGCAUCCAGGACUUGGAGCGCCUGGCCGAGAGCAAUGCAGAGCUGCUGGCGGUGGAAGGUGUGACGGUGUGACCGGCGUCGGGCGAGUCGACUGGAGCGAGGAAGGUCCACCGCAAGACUUGGUUCAGUCCGAGUGAGUCGAUGGGUCAAUGUCCUUCUCCAAGUGACCGAGUUACAGGUGUCACUGAAAUCCGCCCUGCUGAACAGCAGUAGGGCCGAAGAAGGGGCGAGUUCGAAUGCCGGCGAGGUCGAUGAAAGAGAUCGCGCUCCGUGCGAUCCGUGGGUUUUU